UCUGCGCCUGCUCUGACUGUCAUCAUCGUGGGCCGGAGCCGUCUGGAUCGCUAACGUAAUACGAAUUUAGGGAGGCAUCAGCGAAAGAGAGAAACGGAGAGAGAGGGAGGGAGAGAAAAAGAAGGGAGAGGGAGAGAAAAAGGGAGACUAGAGAGGGAGAGAGAGAGAGAGAGAGAGAGAGCGCCUCGUCAUACUUGAUAUCGAAAAGGUACAGUCAACACCUCAGCGCACUUUGUGAAGUUAAAGUUAGACGUCAUCGAGUUAUCCACCAUUUACUGCGCACUAGAGGACUCAAGUUAUUGUGGAAGACUUAGCCUAACCCUCAUCUGACUUGUCAUCAUGGCCGAAAUGGACAGCAGUCCGAUUUCUCUGAUAAAUCUGGAGGAUGAGCUGACCUGCAGCAUCUGUCUGAGUACGUUCGACUGUCCGGUCACCACCCCGUGUGGACACAACUUCUGCCAGGACUGUCUUCUUGCCACCUGGAAGGACUCAGACUACAGCUGUCCUCAGUGUCGGACCCUCUUCACCACCAAACCGGAGCUGAAGAAGAACACGGUCCUCAGCACCGUCGUGGAGGCCUUCAAUGUGAAGUUGAGGAUGAGCGAAGUCAGCCCGACUGUAGAGGAGAGCAAAGCCAAGAAAGAGGAUGUCAUACGCUGUGAUACAUGUAUGGAGGCAGAGGCGUCCCAGACCUGCCUCACCUGCAUGGCCUCUUUCUGUGAGGAGCACCUGAGGCCUCACCGGGAAAACCCAAUUUUCCGUCUCCACCAGCUGACUGAGCCUGUCGGCGACCUGUUGGAGCGUAUCUGCUCGGACCACCACAAGCUUAUGGAGUUUUUCUGCAACCAACAUGGCCGACCAAUCUGCAGCAUCUGCCUACAGCAAGCCCACAAAGGCUGCUCCUUCAUUUCUCCUGAGGAGCAGAGGAACGUGAAGGAGUCUGACCUGAGAGGCAAGUUGAGCUUGCUGGAUGGGAAGAUUGAGAAGAAUCAAAAUGUUCUCUCUCAAAUGAUGGGCGUGCAGAACAAGCUAAAGGACUCAGCGACCAACAGGAAAAAAGCUUUGGCAGCUGAUUAUCAGCAGAUGCGCGAUAUGUUGGCUCGAGAUGAGCGUGAUGCUCUGAAUGCAGUGGACCACGAGCUGGAGAGUGGUCAGACCAAACUCAAGGAUCUCAUGAAGAAGUUCACAGAGAAUGUUGAUGUUAUGAGCAAAGCUAAAGAAGAUAUCCACCGUCUGCUGAGUCAGUCCCAAACUCUGGCCUUCCUACAGGCUUCAUUUGCCCUACCCCGAGCCACGAACUUUGAACCUCACACCCCUCGAAUCAACCUGGACUCUAAGAAGGUGAUGGCAAAUCAGGCUUUCGUUGCUGCUCUGAAGGGGCAUCUGACAGAGAUCUUUAACGAGCCUGUUGAGGCCAGACUACAGAAACUUCAACCAGAACUUGACACUGACGUUGUUACGUCUGGUGAAAAAGCAGUUCCUGUCACAGGAAGUACUGAACCUCAUCCAAAAUAUGAACCAACACAGCCUCAAAAGCAGAAAAAGAAGCCGAGGGCUCACAGUCCAGGAGGUCCACGUCUACCGCCAUUCCUCCAGACAGUUCCUGUACCUGUUUACAUGGGGCCACAUGGAUACUAUAAUCCACCUCAGUAUGCACAGGGCCUGCAACCAGCACCAGGGCAACCUAGACCCAGUUCAGGUUCUCAACCCAAAGCAGGCCCAAAGAAGAAACCUCAAAAAGAUACCAAAAAAGCUUCCCAGUCCACUGAAGACAAUAUGGGAAAUAAGAAGCGAUUUAAUUCAGUGGAAAACCUGUUGGACAAAAUCAGAGAUUGUACUGCAGAUGAAUCCCAAGAAAAACCAGACACUUCAGGCAUUCCCACUGACAUAACAACUGCUGAGAAAAGAAGCGAACUUUUGAAAUAUGCCACAGUACUCACCUUGGAUCCAAAAACAGCCCACAGACGCAUCGCACUGUGUGAGGACUUCACUAAGGCUUCUGUGUCAGAUGAGCACUUAAAUUACCCCGACUCCCCUGAACGCUUCGCUGUCUGCUCCCAGGUGCUCGCCUCCAAGGGUUUCUCUAGGGGGCGUCACUACUGGGAAAUCCGACUGAGCGGCAACAACUUCAUUGGCAUUGGCUUGGCUUACGGCAGCAUUGACCGCAAAGGCCCCACCAGUCGACUGGGCCGCAACGCUCAGUCCUGGUGUGUCGAGUGGUUCAACGUCAAGCUGUCGGCUUGGUAUGACAGCCGUGAGACCGUGCUGGCCAAUCCCAAUCCAAAGCGCGUAGGUGUGCUGUUGGAUUGUGAGGAGGGCACUGCUACGUUCUAUAACGUGGCAGACAGGGCAUAUCCCUUCCACUCCUUUGUGUUCCCCUUUGCUGAAGCGGUCUAUCCAGCUUUCUGGAUUUUCUCAAGUGGCUCCUAUAUUACUUUGUGCAAGAUGCAGGCAUGAGGAGCAUAUGCACAUAAAUGGCAUAUGCAGGUGCACACAUACACACAGACACUUACUAUUUGUCAUUAGUAACAGAAAGGAAAACUUGGUAGUUGUAUUUAGAAAGCCUGUCUUUAUUCAAAGAAUUUUCACAUGAAGAGGCUGAUUAGUUAUUCCCCCCCCAGCUAUCAGCUCUGUCAACUGUUCAUUUAAAGUGGAACCCAGUGUUGUCUUUGUAGUGGGAACUGAAUGAAACAAUGAUUAUCCCCACUUGUAGUGUUUAUUGCUGAGUAUCCUUCUGUUAGGUCUCCUUUAUACAGAGAAAAUGAAGGAAUAGAUGGUGGCAGUUAUUCUGCUGCACCUGGGCACAUCAGUCCACACAGAAUGGAAAUGUCACAGCUGAAAUGGAGGUCAAGAGUUAAAGGCGUGUCAAAGCUGAUGCCUUUAGCUGUUGUCGUUAGCUAUGCUAACUGUUUAUAGCUGAUUAAUUGGUGGUUAUGUGACCACAACAACAGAUGUAAAGCAUUAUACCUUGUGUUUUCAGGUCUGUAAUCUGCAUUCCAAAGGCACACUUAACGUGUUCCGAUCACUGAAUGACAACUUCAUAAAAACAAAAUAGAGCAUGUUUUCUAAGCUUUAUUAUAUAUGUUACAUUCAGAAGGAAUAAAAGGAGAAUGCUGUGUUAGAUGGCAAAAGAUGGCCAAGUGAAUGAUCAAGCAUAGUUUUCUUUCAGUAACCUUUAUUGCAACAGAUGAAGAAGUCAGUCGGAAGUGUACUGCAUAUAAUGUGCUGUCAGUCACUUUCAUCAAGCUGUCAUGCUGGGAUGAAGCUGGGAGGAUUGGUAGCUGGGUUCCCUUACUUUGGUUUCAAUGUUCAGAUUUGAUCUGCUUCCUUCUUUUUUAUGUUUAUAAAAGAACACAGCACAAUACUAUACACUUACCAUACAGCAUGUGUGCGCACAUGUGUCUCGUGUAUUAGUGUGCCGAUUAUCAGUAAUACACUGUAGAAUAGCUGUGAAUGUGACUGGAUGAAGGGGAUGAAUUAAUUACUCCAUUCUCCAGCAUCUCACACUACAGUGUUUGAAUAUGUAAUCUGCAUGUGAAAAAUGUGUGAUUGUUUUGGAAUGUGUUGGAAUGUUAUAGGGCUGGGUGAUGUAACCAAAAAUCUAUCAAAAUAUUUAAAUUUAUUUUUUUCAUAUCAGCACUUACAUCUGUCAAAUCUUGUUUAGACACCGUAAAACUGAACUUAAACGUAAUAUUCUCUAACAGAUUGAACAGACGACUAGAUGUGAAAAUUACUAAGAACUAUAACCUUGUCAGAACAAAUCCUCAUAAAUCCAGCAUGUAAAGUCACUGUUUUUGCCAAUACUGAAAAGUUUCCUGUGAAGAACAAACACAUUUAUUCUACAUUUGAUGUCCGAGCAAUAGCAUGUGAUGUGUUGUGUUAAUCUCAACCUCAUUAAAGUGAGCUGUACAUUCUGAGAAGAUUGCCAUGUGAUUGGCUAAAUAUAGGUUUGUUUGAUAGUUGUGAUUGGCUGGACAGUGCAUUAGAGCUUCUCAUUUUCACAUCGUGGAAGAUAAGUCAAUAUAUUGUUCACUUGUUCACCUAUCACCCAGCCCCGCACAAUCACUUCCUCAACUCUUCAACUGAUUGAUGAGAGCAGAAGUAAUAUAGACCCUGUUCUUAUCAAGUUCGAACAGUCUCCUCUUAUGGCAUUUUACCUUUAUUGGUUGAGUCUGAGUCGGAGGAGAAGUAAAGUUCUGCCAUUCAGCAGUGGUCCUUGGCUGGAUUUGAACUUGGGCUGUCAUGCCUCCCUAACCCUAACCCUAACCCUCCAUAGUACAUGCAGAAAUAGAACUGCUGUUCUAUUUUAUAGCAGUGGUUGGCACAAUAAACUGGUGAUCCAUCAGAUUGCUCUGUUGACUUUUUAUAAGGAGGUAGACAGAAGUAAAUUAUUUGUUGCUUGUUACAAAGUUUACUCUGGCCUGUAAGAUGUGUUUGCUGAAGCACACUGGUGACAUUAGCUCACAGUGGCUCAGAUCCUGAUGUGGCACCACUGGAGCUCAUCGGUGGUUUCAUUCAGGCUUCAGAUGAGCAUGCUCACCUUGCGGGUGCUAAAAGUUGUGAUAAGCUCUAUGGGUGUCAGGCAUUAGCAUUAACAGUGAAGUUAGCUGUCUGAACACACUUGUGUUUGUUCAUUCAAAGGUAGCCUAAUUUCUAACCUCGCUGCAUUUAAGGUGUUAACAAGUCACUGGUGUCCAGAGGGACUUAGCUGGCGAGCUGGUAAAGGUUCAGAUAUGACGAGUGCUGUAGUGAAUUCAUCAGUUGACUGGUGGUUAAGUGCAAAGACCUCUCUGAGGCACUUCUGCCAAUGCACUUCAGGUAUGGACCUUUAUUUCAUCUUACAAAAGGUGCAACACAUCACUGCACAUAAAGUCUGAACCAGUAGUGAAGUUUGCUGUUUUCACCGUUUGCUUAUCCUCACAACUGAGAACUGUGGUUUGGGACGCAGAGCUUUGUGAACCUAUUGAGAGCUUUCCCAUCAUGGGUGUUCAAGUACAAAUAUUGUGCUAACACUGGUUUACUCUCACUACCGGCCUUAAGUAACAUAAUGAGUAUGUCUAUGCUUAGCAGAAUAAUGAAUAUGUUGAUUUCAUGCAACAUUUGACUUCAUUUCUGUGUUACUUUUUGGGCCUUUGCUUUUGACUUGUAAAAUGUAUCCUUGAUCAACUGCUGACUCCAGCAGCUUGCAGAUCAUUUUGUUGACUUUGUUGUUUGUGCUGACUUUCAAAUGAAAGUGAAAUAGUUCAUGGUUCUUUGCAUCAAAUUUUUUUAUGGUUGUGGUGUGCUAUCAGAAGUUAACAUCAAACAAAUAUAUGUGUAAUUCUUCUCAUGUGCUGGUUUUAAUCAGUGUACCAAUACAUGUUAAAUAUGUAUGCAAUUGUCUUAAAAUUCUUAACGUAAUCUCAAAAUAAAGAUUAUUUCUCCAUUAAAUGCACUAUAAUCAAGCUCAGGUUGUAUUAUAAAUUCAUAAAUGGUUUCUGUCAAUAAAAUAUGUUUUAAUUCUG